AUGAGAUAUCUAGGACAAUCAUAUGGUGUUCUAGUCUUCCUCCUCUCCACGUUGGGGCCAAAAGUCACACAGGCGUCUAUCGACCUCGACUUAGAAAAUGACGAUUCCAUCAAGGCCGCGGCCAAGGUCGCCGCUGCCGGUAUGAUGAAAUACUACACAGGCGACCAGCCCGGCGACGUACCAGGAAAUAUCCCAGACCCAUACUACUGGUGGGAAGCUGGUGCCAUGUUCGGCGCAAUGAUCGAAUACUGGUACUAUACCGGAGACGAUCAUUGGAACAAAAUGACCACGCAAGCAUUGCUCCACCAAGUAGGCGACGAUAACAACUUCAUGCCACAGAAUCAGACCUUGUCUCUCGGUAACGACGAUCAGAUCUUCUGGGGCUUUGCAGCAAUGGCGGCCGCCGAGCUAGGGUAUCCUGAUCCACCGGAUGACCAACCCCAGUGGCUAGCUCUAGCGGAGAAUGUGUUCAAUUCACAGGCUACCCGCUGGGAUACGUCGACCUGUGGUGGUGGUCUGCACUGGCAGGUUUUCGAGUAUAAUGGUGGAUAUUCUUAUAAGAAUACCAUCUCCAAUGGAGGGUUUUUCAACGUUGCGUCGCGGUUGGCAAGGUAUACAGGGAACGACACGUUUACAGAUUGGGCGGAAAAGGUCUGGGACUGGACGAAUUCCACGGGCUUCAUCAACGACAAGUGGCAUGUCCUUGAUGGAGCUGACAGCGGGGACAAUUGCACUGUUAUCAAUCAUUCACAGCACGCAUAUCUCCCUGCGGUGUAUCUCCACGGUGCAGCGAACAUGUACAACAUAACCAAAGGAUCUGAGGUAUGGAAAGAGCGAAUAGAAGGCCUAAUCAGCGGGCUCGACACAUUCUUCCCAAACAAUCAAAACAUCAUGAUCCAGUCAUGCGAAUCCAGCAAAUGUGACCUCAACUCUCGAUCCUUCAAAGCCUAUCUAGCGCGUUUCAUGGCCGCGACGAUCCCUCUCGCCCCUUUCACGCAAGAGGCAUUAGAGCCCAAGAUCCAGAUUUCCUCAAUCGCCGCCGCGGAGCAGUGCAAUGGACCCGAUAAUGCCUGCGGGCUGGUCUGGACUGACGGCACCGACUACAAGAGCAGUACUGGGAUCGGGGAACAGAUGGCUGCGAUGGAGAUAUUCAAAGCGAAUUUGGUAUAUACUGUCAAGGCGCCCGUGACGGGGAAAACGGGUGGUACGAGUCAAGGGAAUUCAAAGUCUGACGAUGGCGGACAGAAAGAAGCGGUAGACGGGGAUAUUCGAACUCGGGCGAUCACAGCGGGGGAUAAGGCUGGCGCAGGUAUUGUUGCUGCGUUGGCUGUCUUGAUGCCCGUUGGUGCUGCUGCGUUUAUGGUUGUGUUUUCAUGA